ACACAUUACCCAAGGAGCUCAUUAAAAUGCAAAUUAUGCUUAAGCAGGUCUGGGUUGGUGCCUGAGGUCCUUCAUUUUUAACAAGCUCCCAGAUAAUACCGAUGCUGUUUUUUCCUGGAGGACACUGUGAGUAGCAAGGAUGUAGAUAACUGGAAAAGCAGACAUGGGUUCAAUUAAAUUAAAUCUGACUCUGUAUUUCCUUAUCUUUGCAGGUUUCUAUAGCAGGACAACCGGCAGGAGUAGAGUCUGCCCGAGUUAGAAUUCGGGAGCUGCUUCCUUUGGUGCUGAUGUUUGAGCUACCGAUCGCAGGAAUCCUUCAGCCAGUUCCUGACCCUAAUUCCCCCUCCAUCCAGCACAUAUCGCAGACGUACAACAUCUCAGUGUCGUUUAAACAGCGUUCCCGAAUGUAUGGUGCUACGGUCAUAGUACGAGGGUCUCAGAAUAACACGAGUGCUGUGAAGGAAGGAACUGCCAUGCUGUUGGAACAUCUUGCCGGGAGCUUGGCAUCUGCUAUUCCUGUGAGCACACAACUAGAUAUCGCAGCUCAGCAUCAUCUCUUUAUGAUGGGUCGAAAUGGAAGCAACAUCAAACAUAUCAUGCAGAGAACAGGUGCUCAGAUCCACUUUCCUGAUCCCAGUAAUCCACAAAAGAAAUCCACCGUCUACCUCCAGGGCACCAUUGAGUCUGUCUGUCUUGCAAGGCAAUAUCUCAUGGGUUGUCUUCCUCUUGUGUUGAUGUUCGAUAUGAAGGAAGAAAUUGAAGUCGACCCCCAGUUUAUUGCUCAGCUGAUGGAACAGCUGGAUGUCUUCGUUAGUAUUAAACCAAAGCCCAAACAGCCGAGCAAGUCUGUGAUUGUGAAAAGUGUUGAGCGAAAUGCCUUAAAUAUGUAUGAAGCAAGGAAAUGUCUCCUCGGACUUGAAAGCAGUGGGGUUACCAUAGCAACCAGUCCGUCCCCAGCAUCCUGCCCUGCCGGCCUGGCAUGUCCCAGCCUGGAUAUCUUAGCCUCCGCAGGCCUCGGACUCACUGGACUAGGUCUUUUGGGCCCAACCACCUUAUCUCUAAACACUUCGACAACCCCGAACUCACUCUUGAAUGCUCUUAAUAGCUCCGUCAGUCCUUUGCAAAGUCCAAGUUCCGGCACCCCCAGCCCCACGUUGUGGGCACCCCCACUUGCUAAUACUUCAAGUGCCACAGGUUUUUCUGCUGUGCCACACCUUAUGAUUCCAUCUACUGCCCAAGCCACACUAACCAAUAUUUUGCUGUCUGGAGUGCCCGCCUAUGGGCACACAGCUCCGUCUCCCCCUCCCGGCUUGACUCCUGUCGAUGUCCACAUCAACAGUAUGCAGACAGAAGGCAAGAAAAUCUCUGCUUCUUUAAAUGGACAUGCACAGCCUCCGAAUAUAAAGUAUGGUGUAAUAUCCACUUCAUCCCUUGGAGAAAAAGUGCUGAGUGCGAAUCAUGGGGACCCUUCCAGACAAACGAGUGGAUCUGAGCAGGCAUCUUCCAAAUCAAACCCUGCAGAAGGUGGCAAUGAUGCUUUUGUUGAGGUGGGCAUGCCUCGGAGUCCUUCCCAUUCUGGGAAUGCUGGCGACUUAAAGCAGAUGCUGGGUCCCUCCAAAGUUUCCUGCGCCAAGAGGCAGACAGUGGAGCUGCUGCACGGCACGAAAAACUCCCACUUACACAGCACUGACAGGCUGCUCUCAGAUCCUGAGCUGAGCGCUGCGGAAAGCCCUCUGGCUGACAAGAAGGCUCCGGGGAGCGAGCGGGCCGCAGAGAGGGCCGCGGCCGCCCAGCAGAACUCCGAGAGGGCCCGCCUGGCCUCGCGGCCCUCGUACGUCAACAUGCAGGCAUUUGACUAUGAACAGAAGAAGCUAUUAGCAACCAAAGCUAUGUUAAAGAAACCAGUGGUGACGGAGGUCAGAACGCCUACAAAUACCUGGAGUGGCCUUGGGUUUUCUAAAUCCAUGCCCGCUGAAACCAUCAAGGAGCUGAGGAGGGCCAACCAUGUGUCUUAUAAGCCCACGAUGACAACCACUUUUGAGGGCUCAUCGAUGUCCCUCUCGAGGUCCAACAGUCGUGAGCACUUGGGAAGUGGAAGCGAAUCUGAUAACUGGAGAGAACGAAAUGGAAUCGGACCCGCGAGCCAUAGUGAAUUUGCAGCGUCCAUUGGCAGCCCCAAGCGUAAACAAAACAAAUCAACGGAACACUAUCUCAGCAGUAGCAAUUACAUGGACUGCAUUUCCUCGCUGACAGGAAGCAACGGCUGUAACCUAAACAGCUCUUUCAAAGGCUCUGACCUCCCCGAGCUCUUCAGCAAACUGGGUCUGGGCAAAUACACAGACGUCUUCCAGCAACAAGAGAUCGAUCUUCAGACAUUCCUCACUCUCACAGACCAGGAUCUGAAGGAGCUAGGAAUUACUACUUUUGGUGCCAGGAGGAAAAUGCUGCUUGCCAUCUCAGAGCUCAAUAAAAACCGAAGAAAGCUUUUCGAACCGCCGGGCGCACGCACCUCUUUCCUGGAAGGCGGCGCGAGCGGGCGGCUGCCCCGCCAGUACCACGCGGACAUUGCGAGCGUCAGCGGCCGCUGGUAGCGGGCCCCUGCCCCGCGCACCGUCCUUAGCACUCCGGGGUCUGGUAUCAGGACCAAAGCAUCUUAUCCGCACCUGAAUUUUGUGCCAAAAAGGAAGAAAAGAGAGAUGUUCUGCGCCAUCAUUCAGAACACCACAUGUGGAUUACUUUUUUUUAAAAAAAACGGUAAUUGGACAGAAUUUGCAAUAUGAGGGUAGGGCUUUAUUUCCUGUUUUUAUUUACCUAUAUAACAUAUGCACUGAUUUUUUUUGUUUUGGUUUUUUUUUUGUUUUUUGUUUUUUUUACUUAAAAUGAAGGAUGAUUUGACAUCUGGGAUGCCAGAAAACAUUGAAGUUAUUGUUUGCUUGUUUUGUUUUGGUAUUUGGGGAUUUUUUAAAAAAGUAAUCAAAGUGGGAUUUUCUGGUACUGCUUUAAAAUAAUUAUUGAGGUCUUCCAGCACUUUACACUUUCUAAUUUCUUGUCCUGUGGAAAUGAUCUCUCUUUCUCUCCAUUUUUAUGUCACCUGAUGUAAUGGUACAAAUCAGAUUUAGUCACAUUUUUCUGACUGCGUUAAACUUGUAUUUGAAAUGGUACUGGAUUAUUAGUCUUUGUGCAGAGUAUCCUGUGACUUUGGGAAAUGUAAGUGACUCCACUUGGUUCUGGACCAGUUCUGCUCGUUGAUGUCAGCAUCCUAGAAACAAUUAGCAGAGAACCUAGUUCACUGUAACAGGUGCAAAGAAAGACCAAAUGGACUUUGCAAUAUUAACCCUUUGCAGUUAUCAUAUUUAGCUGCUGCCUAUAUUGCUAAAAUGAUUUUAAUGGUUGUCUAAAGGCAAAGGGCUAUUUUUAGUAUACUGCCACUAAAGGACACUUAUUUAUAUCAAACUUUUUAUUUUUAGAUAUUAUAAGCAUACAGUACAUAAUUGAUUAAAUUGAUAUCUACUAGAGAUUUAUGGUAGAGAAUGGACGGCAUUCAAUAACUGGAGCCCUAGAUUGUCACUUUAUUUAAAAAAGACAAAUAAUCAUCUGACAAGACAGCACUGUUGCCAUUAGGAGGAAAGAUAGAUUACUGUUCUUACCAUGUACACAUUAGCUGUGCUCCAUAUGGUCAAAGGGCUUUCCUUAAACCAUAUACGUCUGCUUGAAGUAGACUUCCGUUUGCUGAGAACAGAAAGGCUUUAUUUAAGUCUCCAGGGUGACAGUUUGUAAAGUGAGGGGAAAAAAUGACUAUUUUCUAAGUGGCCAGACUCAUUGUUACAAUCAUAUACUGUGAAAGUCCAAGAAAUCAGGCAACAUUGUUUCCUAGGUCUUUUCAGACAUCUUAUUGUGGAUUUAUGAAGGGUUUUCAAUUCAUGAAGAACAUCACUAAGUGCCUCUCUUUUUUCAAAGCAAUAUAUUUCCAAGUGUAUUAAUUUGUUGGAAAACUUUCCCAUGGGAAAUGUUGUGAAUUACCUGUACUGUAAUGAUUUAUUUAUGUUCAUUAUUCAAGAUUUCUACAUGGACAUAAACCACUGUUGCAUGCUCUUAGCAAAAGGCAUUAAACAUGCAUAACAAUUGGGGACUUUCAUACAAAUGCAGAAUCAGAAAUACUUGCCUGACAUUUUUCCAUGGCUAAGUCUUACUAUGAAAGAACAAGAAUUGAAAUUUUGCACACAGAAAAAUUUUCACUUUAAAAAAUGGUAUUGGUUACUUUGAAGGCAUAGAUGAUGGACCUGUCAUAAAAUGAUCAAUUAUAGGGGCACUAAGGGGAUGCCCAUUCCUAAAUUAAACCGUACCUGCUUAAGGAUGUGUGGCUUCCUUGGCAAGUACAAUGGAAUCAUCCUGUGCACAUGUCACACGUCGUCACGUGGACCUCUUCAUCUUUUGUGGUUGUACAAACACAUCAUGCUACACAUUCAGCACAAGAAUUCCAGAUUUGUCUCCUGUUCAACCACUCAGUGCUCUAAAUUUUAAUAUUUCUUUAAUAAGACUUUCCCAAAUAAAAAGCAUUGGGAGCUCUUUUCCCGGCCUUCUACCGUGCAUUUGCAACAUGAGGAAGAUGGAAUGAAUUUACAGUAUUAAGCCGAUGGAGGUUUUAAGAACAGUGCUUUACGCCAAAGGGAAAACUGUCCCAAUUAAACUAGAUUAAAUAGGGUGGUUAAAAAUAAAUAAAAACACUGGAAAUUACUUUUCUCACUUUCUCUUGAUACAAGGAAGGGAAUAUGACACUACAGUACACAGUUGUCAGUGUUAUAUGAUGCACAAAAUAAUUGGAUUAUUUGAAUAAAUGGUAGCUUUUAAUCAAUCUGUGCCUUAAUAGUGACCAAUUAUCUGUAAAUAUAGAACAGAUACAGAUUGUAUUUUUGUGUGGGUUUUUGUCCUUAGUGAUUUUUUUUUUUUUAAAGAUGGAAUUAAACAUUGAAAAUGGGAAUUUUUCUAAACUAAUCAAUUGUUAUAUGAAAAAUAAAUUUAUAUAACCCCUUUGUAUUGCC